UUUUCGUCACUAAUCCCUGCAUUAAAGUUUUUCAAAGUGCUGGCAACCAUUCUAUUAGUUUGUUUACAUCAAUAUGUAUUAACUUUGUAUUUAUUUUAAUCGGGAUACAUGAAUAACUAAAAACAUAUUUCGCGCCCAAAAAGACUUUAUUCACACUAGUUUAUGUAGACAUACAUUUUUAUUAAAAAAUGAAUUUUUGUUCAGAAAACAUAAAGAAUUGUUUAUUUGUGCCAAAAAAUCUAGAAUAUGAUGAUGAACUCUAUGGUUCCUUACUAAAGCUGGUUCCUUUUGGCAAAAUAGUCUUAGUUAUUACACGGGCGGCAUCUUCGCCUGAACUGUUACCAUUAAUGGAACAGACAGGAAUGCAGGUGUACAACAAUAAACAAAGCCUGCGGCAGUUCUUUUUUAUAUGCACCGAUAAUAUUGUUGGAGUUAUUAAAAUAUUGUUUGAUUUACACAGAUGGACGUUUAAACCUCAUAUUAUUGUAUUGGAUCUAAAUACAUUUAAUUUAAUGGGAAAUGAAAAUACACACAUUCUGAAUGAUAUGUGUAAAGAUUUGACAAGUGGAACACAAUUAAAACAUGUUAUACAAUGUAUUGCUACAUUAUUUAAUAAGAUGAACUUAUUAAACAACAUGCACUCGGACGCUGUAGAAGACCAAACGAAAUCCUCGAAAUUAUUUAGCAUUGUAGUGUUACCAAAAUAUAGCAGACUACUAACUGAUAAAGAUAUUCAGUUGAUCAUCGAAAUUUUCUAUUCUGACAAUACAUACGAAGAUUUUUCAAACAUUUUUGAGUUGAUGUAUUCAACAGUUUCUCCUGAUAAAGUUAUGUGAUAGAAAUAACAACUAAUAUAGUUGACUAGAGGAAUAUUUUGGCUUAAACUCAGUUUUAGGAUCCUAAAAAUAUUGUUCCAAUAGUAGAUCAGCGAAAUUAAGUAUACCUAUUAAAUCCACUGUAAUGUCUAAGCGCUUAGAUUAAUCAGCUUCAAUACUAAUAAUUUUGAAAACCUUUCCUUGAGAGACCGUGGUUUUGAAGUCGGGUGACAAUGGUACUCGUCGACUUUCGAACAGUCCAAAGUUAAACGUUGUUUUCAGAGUCAUCGUUGCCGUUGCCUGAAACAGAUGGUUCUGAAUAUUGACCCAGUAGCCGCCAUUUUGUAUGAAAGUAUCAUUAUAAUUACUUUUAUUUACUUAUGUACAAGUUUAAUAAGGCCUAAAGGAGAUAAAUACUUUACCUUUUUAUUCCCAGUUUGGCUCAAUUCGGACCUAACCCCCUAAGCCCAUUAUUAAACGCAAUAUCCAAUAAACUAUUUUACAAUGCGAAAAAUAAUGAAGCCAUCCAGAUUUGAUUUUUACAUCCAUAUUUAUUUGCCAUAAUAUAUUUAUGUACACAGUUUUUGUAAUUAUCAUUUCAUAGCAUUUUCGGCAACUAAAAUCCAAACCGUUCUAAAAAUGAAAAAUUACAAACUCACUUUUUCUUUGCUUAAAGAAAGAACAAAAUCAACCGCAUAUCUGAAUUGACGCUACACUAAUCAGUGUUUAUAAUUAAGCCGCUAAUUAUUGGUAUUAGUCCACCAAUCGAGCUGAUAUUUUGUAUUCUUGUCACAACAACCAGAUAGACUACCUCAUGUAUGAAUAUAUGCAUAUGGAUCAUUCGCGAUAUAUUUUCAUGCAGUUAACACAACCCUCUGUUGAUCUUUUUCGUUUUUAGAUAAUAUUGUAUAAUUUU